AUGAAAAAAAAUAAUUAUUCAUAUUAUCCAUUAGAGGAUGAAGAUCUCAAUACAACAACUACUACCACCGCAAGCCACAACGUUACCAAUAAUACUUUAAUAUGGUUAGAUGAAGAAGCAUUGAAUUUAACUUCACAUGAUACCAAUCUGACAAUCGCUAUGUUUGAAAGUAUAGCAGAUAUUAACUACAAACUGUACAACAAUUUGGAAAUAUUUCUUGAAGAGAUUGGAAGUAUGUCUAAAAUAACGAAACUUAUAGUUAUUACUUCAGGAAGUUUUGCGAAGAAAAUACUUCCUAAAUUAUCUUUAUCAUUAUUACGAGAAAUAUCGUCAAUACUUAUAUUUUGCAAAGAUUCUACUAAUUGUCAAUAUUUACUGACAGAAUGUCGAAAAAUAAUGGACAUUUGCACUGAUGAACAAUUACUAAAGGAAUCAAUUGAAAAUGAAUUACAUCCAUCGACAGAUUUUCUUCUUAUGGAUCGAAAUUUACAACCUAUAUUUAGUCUCAAAAAUAAUAAUCAAGACUUUAAUUUCUAUAAACAAUAUAUUGAAAUCUUGAAACAUUAUCCAUGGUCAUCAGAUAACAGAGAAAAGAUGAUUGAUGAAUGCACAAAAUAUUAUCGAACGAAUAACGAACAGAAAAAAAAAAUUGAAGAAUUUAAAUAUACCUAUACAGCAGAAACAGCGAUUAAAUGGUAUACAAGAAAUAGUUUUCUUUAUCGACUACUGAAUAAAGCAUUGAGAUCUCUUGAUAUGGAACAGAUAAAUGUAUUUCGACCUUAUAUUAAAGAUUUAUGUAAACAAUUAGAACAUUUACAUAAACAAAAUCAAUCAGACACACCAUUAACAGUGUUUCGUGGACAUGAGAAUAUGCCUAUGGAUCAAUUUGAAAACAUCAAAGAGAAUAUUGGUAAUUUAAUAUCAUUCAAUGGAUUUUUAUCAACUACAAGUGAUUACAAUGUUGCACUAAUAUUUUCAGGAUCUGAGUCAGCUGAAUAUGAAUCAGUCAUAUAUGAAAUUCGAACUAAAUAUAAUUCGAAUAAUGUUGUAUUUGCUGAUAUUACGCAACUUUCAGAUAUGGAGGAUGAAAAAGAAUUUUUAUUUAGUCUUUGUUCUAUAUUCAGAAUCGAUGAUAUUAUAAAUGAUGAAGAAAAUCAAUUAUCAAAAAUUAUAAUGAGUGCAGUAGAUAUUUUAGAACAGAUUAACAUUGAAAUAAUUCAAGUGGAAAAGAAACAUUUCUUGCAUAAUAUAAAUCAAUACUGUCGAAAGCGAUAUGUUAUUACAGCAUUUGCUAUCAUAUUUUUUACCUUGAUUUUGACAUUAGGAGUAAUUUUUGGUAUCAAUAUUAAAUUAAAAGAUAAAACUUCGAGUUUAGACAAUUGCGUCGGUUUAGAUUGCACGACAUUUAGUACAACAACAGAACGUCAUUCUACAUUAAAAACUGAAACUUCUGCAUUAAAAAGACCAGAGCCAUCGAUACCGACAACUUCAUCAAAACCGAUAAUUCCAUCAAUUUCGACAACUACAAAUACGAAUAAUUUAAUAGAUUCUACUCCUACCAGAACGAAUGAAUCAGAAACAACAUCAUCGGAAUAUUGUUUUCCAGUCGGAUGGGAAACCGUAGGUGAUAAAAUAGUAAGUCAGGGGUAUUACAAAAGUGUCACUGUCGAUGAUGAUUUUAAUGUAUACGUUAUAAAUGCAGGUCUUCACAGUUUAGAAAAAUGGUCAUCUAGUAAUAAAUUAAUCCAACGAUAUUUUAGCGGAAACUUUGGUGAUACUGCAUUGUUCUAUCAUUCAUUAUCUCAAUCCUUGUACUUUUGUUACACGUGGGAAGAAGAUUCAGGUAUUUACAGACUUGAUAGUAACCAUUCUAAACCAGUAAAUGUUCUUAAUAAUACAAUGUCUGGCAUUGGUCAGUAUCGUAUAGAAUCAAAGUGUGACGGAUUAUAUGUUAAUUCAGGUGGGGAUAUAUUUGUAUUAUUUCGUGUCAAAAAUUAUGUCAUCAAAUGGACAGUUAAUAAUCCUUCUGGAAGUUUAGUCGCCGAUGGGUAUGGAUCUGAAUAUACUACCGGUGAGACAGGAGUAAUAAUUGCUUUGGCGGUCAGUGAAAUUGAUAAUACAAUAUAUUUAAUGGAUCAAAUCGGUCCUCGCAUUCUAAAAUUUACGAAUAGUUCGACAAUAGGAACAGUAAUUUUUGAUGCAACAAUUAAGAAAGAAAUAUUUUCUGAUGUACAGCCAACAUUUAACUAUGGCUGGGCGCUGAUUGCGGAUAAAACUGGCAAUAUACUUUUAGCUAUCAAUGAGAAAAUAAGUAUAUUGACGUCUGAUGGUAAAUUUAAUGUUACAAUUUUGAAAGAUUAUCGCGGUCGUGAAGACAAGACAAUAUCAAAUUCUUUGCUGGAAGAAAUGAUAUUUGAUAGAUUGGGAAAUCUAUAUGGUUUUGAUGCAGGACGUGGAGUGCUGAAAUUUAACAGAACUUCUACUACAUGUACAAAUACUAAUUCUUAA